AUGGCACCUAUGAAGAAAGCGAAAAUUGGCCAAGGAGCCAAUGCCACCUCAGGUGUGGCUGAUGAAUCGUUGCUUGAUACUGCGGGUGAGGGUAGUCGCCCUGCUAUCACCCUGCCUGGUCCUCCUAUCCCAGAGGGAGCUAUUCAGAUGCUGACACAGCUAGCGGCCUCCCAGGCCCAGAGGUCAAGUAUGGUGGCGUUUGCUCAGGCCACAGAGAAUCGUAAACUGAAGAACAGAAUAGAAAGAGAGGGUAACAGAAAGACCCGGUCUGCGGGCAACAUUGGUGAGUCACUAGCUGGGGGAAGGUCAGCAUUUUGGGGAGGAUUAUCAGGGACGUCCCAGUCUGUUGCACAGUCUUCAGCUAGUGCACCGCCGUCAGGGCCUAGCCAGCAGCAGCAGUGGAGUCGUUUCAGGCCCAGUCAGGGCAACAGAGGAUCCUAUCAGCGGGGUCUGUCAGGAGAGUGGUCCCAGCAGCAGCAGAGCCCCCUAUCCAGCUCGAGGUACCCAGCACCAGCAUGGCGAGGUGCAGCAAGGGGUGGUGAGCAGAGUUUAGGAGGGCCCAGCCGGUUCUAUGCUAUGAGUGGUCGCCAGACUGCAGAGGCCUCUCCAGAUAUUUUUACAGGUAUUCUGAAUUUUCAAUCCCAUGAUGUGUAUGCACUUAUUGACCCCGGUUCCACCAUGUCCUAUGUUACCCCCUUUAUUGCUAUAGAAUUCGGGAUAGAACCAGAACAGCUUCAUGAACCAUUCCUG